CGGCCCCCUCGCCGUUUUAAGGAGGGGGGAAAUGACUGAAGAGGGAGAAACUUCUUGUGGGAUGUUGAUAUCUCCUAUUUUCAAAACCGCUUGGAUAAUUUUUAGCAUCCUCCAGAAGGCCCAGCUAGAGAACUGGUGUUAGCCUAUUGCUGGUAGUGAUGGAGGGCAGGCUGUGAGAGAUGGGCUAGGCCUCCUUUGGCACGAGGCUGUUCUGUACCUGGAAGACAAAAUGGCUGCGAAGCAGGUGACUGUGGCCAACUUGGGCCUCGAGUUCCAGGCCACACAGGAGCAGGGGCUCCACCAGCCACAAAUAAAGAUGGAGGAGGAAGAGGAGGAGGAGGAGGACAAUGAAGGGAUGAAAGGGCCUCACGUGAUCCAAGCCGGAAACCUGAGAGAUAUCCUAGGAUGGGUGGCGCCGGACCAGGUGAAACAGGAGCUGGAUAAGAAAUGCUGGGAUUCGACAGCUCAGGAGCGCCUGAAGUUGGUCCCCUUGCCACAUUCAGGAUGGGGGAACCCACAGCAGCCAGAGGAGAUUCUGUGGAGAGGGGCCAAGAGUCAGGAGCAGCAGAUCCCAGUGCUCUUUGAAGAGAUGGAUGCCAAUUCUCCUGAGGCACAGCGCCUCUUGGUGGACAGAAGGAGGCAUCUCCUGAGGGAGGCCAAGGAUGGACUUGAAAGGGAGGCAGUGGGCGCCAUUGUACCAAUGCACAAUUUCCCAAAGAUGAGCCGCCGUGGCACCAAUUGGUCCUAUGCUGAAGUUAUUGACCUUCUGGAUAUUUGGGGAGAACAAAGGAUCCAGCAGGUCCUGCAGCGUAGCCAUCGUAACAUGGACACCUUCCAGGUCAUUGCCAACGAGAUGGCCAAGAGGGGGCAUGAGCGGACAGCGCAGGAAUGCCGGACCAAGACCAAAACCAUGCGGAGGGACUACAAGAAAGUCAAGGAGAACCAUGAUGCUGGGAAAGGGCGCAUGACAUGCCCCUUUUAUGACCAACUGGAACGUAUUUUGGAUUCUAGCAUCCAACCCUUUGAAAGAGUCCAAAACUUUGCCCAUCUUAAAGAGUCGGGUGGAGAUGACACUCCCCUGGGGCCCCCAGAUGAGGGGAUCUCCCAGGAAGAGACUGAGGACUAUCCAGAGACCCGGAACUUCUUUGACCCAUCCUCCCAGUUUUCCAUUGAACUUGUCGAUUCGGUGGACUCCAUCCCUGUGUUAUGCAAAACAGAGAACACCUUUGAGGAGGAACCAAUAGGCACUCCUCGACCAGUCAUAGAAGCUGACCGCCCGCCUAGCCCAUUGCCACCUACCUCGCACAGUAUCCCUGACAGCCCAGCCACCACUGGCUCCACAGCAGAUGUGCUUGUAACCCCUUCCCACAGUCUGUUACCUGGCCCCAUGGGUCUUUCAGCCACUGAACGUCUUGCCAACCUCAGGAACCGGCAUAAGAAAACCAGGAAUGAUUUGGCCAUGGAACUGGCGAAAGCAGCAGACAGGCGGAUGCAGACGGCCACCGACAGGAUCUUGUCUGCCCUUGAUGGUUAUGCCAAGGCGGAUUUGGAGGACCGUGAGAAAGAUCGGGUGGGCACUGAACAGAUUAUCGCUAUCAUGCACCGCCAAACAGAACUGCUGGAGCUCUUAGUACGUCAGCAGUCCUCUGCCCUGGCAGCUGUGGCCCCAGCCCCCUCCCGGCAUGUGUGGACCCCACGGAUUGGGCAGUCAAGCCCCCGACCCGCUGGCCCUUCUCCCUCUCGCUUGGGUGUCCCCAGGCGACCGUUGACUCCUAGGACUCGCAACAGGAGGAGGCCUCAUAACUACAGCCCGUAAUAACUUCUGCUUCUGCUUGGCAGGUCAAAGACACUGACUUGGAUUUUUUAAAAAACUGUGGGAGGUCCCCCCGUAGCACAGAAGACAGCGUUUUAUUUCUGACUUUGACCCAAACAGUCUAAGUCUGCAUCAAAACAUUUCUCAGCUGUUUUGUUUCCUUUUUGCCCCCAAAUACCAAAAACAAACAUUGAAAUUUAAAGCCUGUUUUCUGUCAUGUCCUGGUGUUUCAGUGGUAUUUACAAACAAACAAACA